AUGGUCCAUGAAUGCACCGUCCUUCAGUACUCACGAGCAACGCCCUGCCAGCUGCAGCUCUGCAGGUGCACGGUGCGCCCCUCCCCCCUCCCGCUCCCGCCCCCUCCCUCCCGCUCUCCCGCCCCCUCCCUCCCGCUCUCCCCUCCACACGGCGCGACGGGACCGCAGCAGCAGCAGAGAGUUACAGGAGUUUCAAGAAGCGGGAGCUGUCCGACUCGACACCAGCAGCUGAUAGGAGCUUUGAACCACCAAAAGUCUCAGCAGCUCAAGGUGGAUUUACCCCCAGAGGAGACGACCACUACCACCAUUAACAUAAACCAGCUGAUAGACAUGGACCUGCUCAUUUCGAAGAAUAAGAAGCGUGAGGGCCAAACCCUCCCUGAAAAGUUAAAAGAUCAGGAGGAUGGAGAGGAGACAGACGAGCCAGAGGAGGAAAUGGACCAGUGCCCUUCAGACCCAGAUGUUCCUCCACUGAAGAGAACUGAGAGUGUCUUUCUUACAAAGAAAAUGCUUGGGAUCUCUGAAUAUAAAUCAAUGACAAGCAGUGAAAAAAGUGAGGAUGAGUAUGUGCCUAGUUCUACACCAGAAUCAGAAGUAUCUGAGAAAGAACUCAAACUGCUCAAGUCUCCAACAAACUACAGUUCAUCAAACUCGGAUGUUCGACGCUUGAACAAAGGUCGUGUGAAGCCUGUGAAAUGCAGACAGAGCACAUCUUCCUCUUUCCAAUCCAUGGCAGAUUGUGAGUUAUCCGAAUCCUCCAGUGACACGGAUGUAAAAGUCUUGAGGCUAAAAAAGAAAAAAAAUGGUGGUCGAGUCUACGAUAAGAGGCAGUACUGUCUGUACUGUUGUAAACCAUAUGCCAAAAUUGCACGGCACUUGGAUAAGAAACACAGCAACUUGGAGGAGGUAGCACGAGCAUUCAGUUAUCCAAAAGGAUCAGUGGAGAGAAAGCUGCAGAUAACUCUAAUUCGAAAUAAAGGCAAUCGUCGCCACAACUUUGAGGUCCUGGAGGAGGGUAAAGGGGUGAUGGUUCCCUCUCAACAAAGCACUGAACCAGUGAAUGCAAAAGACUAUUUGCACUGCACAUACUGUGAGGCAUUACUCAAAAGGAAAGUGUUGUGGCGGCACAUGAAAAAAUGCAAAUUGGCAAAGAAAAGCAUGAAGCCAGGCAGAACCAGAGUGCAGUCACUUUGUGCUGCUGGACAGCCUGUCCCAAAGGAGAUCAAUGACAAAGUCUGGUGCCUAGUAAAUGGCAUGAAUCAAGACAACAUAACAGACACAAUUCGGCAAGAAAAAUAUAUUCUGAAGUUAGGAGAACACUUCUAUAACAAAAAAGGGACAGACAAAAGCCAACACCAAUAUAUCAGACAAAAAAUGCGGGAAAUGGGAAGAUUAGUUCUCCUAGCAAAGACCCAUGGCAAGCUGAAAACAAUACAUGACUUCUUUCUGCCAGCAAACUUCUGCCACGUUGUGAAAGCUGUGAAGAUGGUCUGUGGAUGGAGUGAAGAUACCAGCAGUUUCAAGAUUCCAUCCUUGGCGCUCAAACUAGGCCAUAGUCUAACUAAAAUAGCAGAUAUUGCAGAGUUUGAAGCAAGGAUGUCAGAGAACAAGAAGGCCCUUGAAAAUGUGAUGACGUUCAGGACAUUGAAAGAGAAUAAAUGGGAUGAGUGGGUGUCUUCGCAUGCACUGAGGAACCUCAGAGAGUCGAAGUGGAAUAAACCUCUUCUUAUCCCCUACUGUGAAGAUGUUGUGAGACUGCACAACCACAUUGACACAGAAAGGCCCAAGUAUCGAUCCAAUCUUGAAACUGCACCAAAUAAGAGGAACUGGUUAAAUCUUGCUAAACUAACACUUUGUGAAGUGAUCGUCUUCAAUCGUAGGAGAGAGGGAGAAGUUUCAAAGAUGUCCCUGAAUGACUUCAUGUUGAGAAACACCUUUGCCAGUAAUCCAGAUCUUGAUCUUGCCUUGACUGACAUGGAAAAGAAGCUCUGCAAAUACUUUGAGCGUGUGGAAAUCAAAGGUAAGCGGGACAGAAAGGUCCCUGUCUUACUCAGCCCAGACAUGGUGUCCUCCAUACAGAUGCUGGUGAGAUAUCGACGACAAUGUGAUGUGCCAGAUGAGAAUGUGUAUUUGUUUGGUAGACCUGAGGCAGAAAGUCACCUCAGAGGAUCUGAUGCCAUCCGUGCUAUUGCAUGUGAAUGCGGGGUGAAGGACCCUCAAACGUUGACAUCGACAAGAUUAAGGAAACAAAUGGCAACAAUGUCACAAGUUCUAAACUUGAAAGAGAAUGAGGAGGACUGCCUUGCAGGUUUCAUGGGUCACAACAUCAGGGUCCAUCGACAAUAUUAUCGGCUCCCUGAAGGGACAUUACAAGUUGCGAAAGUUGCAAAGUUGCUUAUGGCCUGUGGAAGAGGAGAGCUAUCAAAAUUUAAAGGCCUGACAUUGGACGAGAUCAACGUUGAUCCAAAUGAGGAAGUACCUGAAGACAGCUCUCUAUCUGGAAGUGAAGAUGAAGAUGUGAUGUCGAGUCUAUCCUCUAACUCAUCAGGUCUAAGACCAGUGAAAAUGGCUAGACCCGUUCACAGGACACCUACAGAGGAGGACCAGGAGUCUGAUGCUUCAUCACAGCUAACCAGAGGUAGAUCAAGGAACUGGACAGAGGAGGACCAUGACUCUGAUACCUCAUCACAGCCAUUGAAUCACUGUUUUCAAGAUGAGUCAAGACCUGUGAAGAAGAUGAAACCCACCAAGAGGACACCUAGAGAGGAGGACCCUGAGUCUGGUACCUCAUCACAGCCAAGAAAAGACGAGUCAAGACGUGUGAAGAAGAUGAAACCCACCAAGAGGACAUCUAGAGAGGAGGACCCUGAGUCUGAUACCUCAUCACAGCCAAGAAAAGAUUCAUCAAGAAAGAAGAGGAAGAUGUGGAGCAAAGCAGAAGUCCACGCUGUGGAACAAAAGCUAAUGCACAACAUUAAGACUGGCAAGGUUCCUGGGAAAGCACAGUGUCUUGAAUGUAUCCAUGCAUUCCCAGAUGCACUGAAAGGUAGGACCUGGGAUGCUGUGAAAUACUAUGUGAAAAACCGCAUAGACACCUGGAAGCGGCGGUCUACGAGGUAACUGCAAGCUCUUGUUUUGUGUUUGAAAGAGCAACUGUUAAUGCAGCUCUCACCAUUUGAUCUGUUGAUUAGCUGAACCUCAGAGGUCAGCUUUUGAAGUUCUGCUGUUAGAGAGCAGUGAUCUGCUCAGAUUGCACUUUAUUUUAUGCAAUUUAUUUCAUACAUAACAGAAAUUUUUUUGUACUGUUAUGCUUCUUCAAUUCAUGGAUUAGCAAAUGUUUUAAAAAGUUUGUUUAACCCUCACAUAUUGCUCAUAUUCUGAGUCAUAAUUACUCUACACCAGGGCUUCUCAAUUCCAGUCCUCGCACCCCCCUGCCCUGCAUGUUUUAGAUGUGUCCCUCCUUCAC